UGUGCUCACUCUAUUAUAAAUGUGAUCUCUUCUUCAUGUCCAAAUAAAUAAAUGGAACCAUGGACUUCACACAGAAUGUUCUACAACUAAUCCUGCUACUCAGUAUAUCAGGUUGUCUGGGUGAGAGUGGCUCCUGCAGUCCUCAGACUAUCUGUGCUCUGCGGGAUUCAGAGGUGACCAUGAAGUGUUCCUACCCAGACAUCAGCAUCAAAACUGUCUUUUGGUUCGGCUUUAAACAGAAAGCUAAAUGGAAGAAUGAGACGCAACCUGAGGAUUUAGCUUUAGACUCAGACUACAAGCAACGGGCAAACUUUAAGAAGACAAGGUCUAGCUCAACUUUUACAAUCAGAGAGCUGAGAGAGAGAGACUCAGGAGAAUACCACCUCAUGAUCAUCACAGAACAAGGACAGAAACAUCUCAACAUCUCAACUGCGGUCAAUCUAACAGUAACAGAUCUGUGGGUGAAGAUGACCACUGACCACAAACAGCAGACAGUGACUCUCACCUGUAGCACUUCCUGCAGUCUGACCUCUAAACCUAAAAACUACUACUGGUAUAAGAAUGGAGUAAAAACACAGAAGAAAGCUUCCAAGAAUCUCCAGCCUCUUGUUUUAUCAAGCAAAGCCUCUUGUUUAGAUGCUGGAAGUUACUCCUGCUCCGUCAGCGACACUGAAGAAAUCCGGUCUUCUGAAUUGCGUGUUUUUGAGAGCUGUUGGAAUGUGACAUACACAGACAGAAGACUGUGUGUUUUAGAGGGUUCAUCAGUAGACCUUCCCUGCACUUUCUCAUAUGCCAGUAAUCAGACGGUUACUGAUGUGUUCUGGUAUUAUUAUUCACUGGAGGAGAAGCCAAAGGAGCUAAGUAAGGAAAAGCAGUUUGCUGGUCGAGUUGAGUAUAUUGGAGAUAAAGAGAGAAACUGCACCCUGAGAAUGAGAGAUGUAAGAAAGAGAGACUCUGGAGAAUAUCGCUUUCAGUUCAGAAUUGACACUCAAGAAGGAAUGUUCUCUGGUAAAGCUGAAGUCUUUCUGAACAUUACAGAUCUGCAGGUGAAUUCAAGCACAGCAUCAGAUGGACAGAUGGUAACACUGAUGUGUAGCACCAUCUGCACUCUGCCUAACAACCCCACUUACUUCUGGUACAGGAACAGACAGCCUGUACCUAACAAGGUCACCAGAGACAACAAGCUGUAUCUGAACUCAACAAGUAGUGAAGAUUUACUCCAGUACUCCUGUACAUUACAAAGUCCAGAGGACAGCUCAGUGUUACUCACAGUGGGAGUGUCAGUCUUUCUGGUUCUAAUACUCAUCACAGCAGCUCUAUGGAUGUGGAGGAGAAAGUUCAUGUCAAGUGAAGACCACAGGAGCACUGGAGAGAAUGAACAGGAUAAUUCUAGUCCUGUGUAUGGAAACAUCUCAGCAUUGGCCUUGACCUCUGACUCAGCAUGUACAGCCUCAAAUGAUCAGAAUGAUAUUCUGUACUACAACUUACGUUUUAAGCAUACCCACACUCAAGAAAUGCCUGUGUACCACACUAAAUUUGCAAAACGCACCCGAGAAAGUGUUCACUAUGCAGUUGUGAACUUCCAUAGACCUGCUGCUACCCAGUCUCUGGCAGCUGUAAGAACUGAUGAUCCAUUUUAGAUUUACAGCCAGAUCCAAAAACACAGAGCCUUAAAAUGAACAAAAGAACAUCUGGAGGUCAGUGGACUAGGCUUUUAAAGCUGAAGAUGCAGGAGCUUCGCUGCAGAAUUACACACAAGCAGUUUGACAGAUUGACAAAAUCUCAUAUUGGAUUAUAACGUUCACUAGGUUAAAGGGGACAAGAGAACCAGAGAUGUUCUAGACAUGAUUAUCAUAUUAGGCAACACCACAAUGCUAUGUGAUGUACAUUGAUUUUUGGUUCUCCACUUGGGCAAGCACACAAUGCCACACUCCUUGGGUAAGAUUCCAAUGCUAAAUAUAGGUAUUACGACUUUUUAAUAUAGAUAUUUGAGACUUGUUUUUACUAUUAUUCAGUGUUUAGAGAAAUAGUAUUUGCUUGUUGACUGUACAUAUCUGCAAUUUCAUUCUACAUGCUAAGGGGCAGUCAUGGGCUGGAGGUUAGGGAACUGGCUCUUUGACCAGAAGGUUGUUGGUUAAAUCCUCAGCGCUGACAGUCCAUGAGUGAGGUGUCCUUGAGCAAGACACCUAACCCCCAACUGCUCCCCAGGUGCUGUGGAUAGGGCUGCCCACCGCUCUCAAGUUUGCUCACUGCCCCCUUGUGUGUAUGUGGUGUUUCACUUCACGGAUGGGUUAAAUGCAGAGGUGAAAUUUCCCUGACUAAUAAGUAAGUGUGACUUAAUGAGUGAUAACAGGCUAAUGGCUGACAUGUAUGAUUUCUUUAUAUAUAAAUUUCCUAAUUCUGCAUUAUGUGCUGGGUGUAUGUAUGUUAUUAUUAUACUAUUAGAUAAGACUGUGUUUAAACUGUGUUUUUUGAGCAUUUAGUGUGGGUGCUAUAGACAUUACAGGCAUUGUAGCACAAAUAAGUUUGGUUUUAGCACUGAGAUGGAAAUUAUUCUAAAAGUAUCAAUCUAAAAAAUGUAACAAACUGUCAUUUCAACUGUGGAAAAAAACAUAAAAGGAUUGUACUUUCA